AGAUUAUUUUUUUAAAUGAUCAACCAUUUAAAUCAAAUCUUUUAUCUUUUAUAUACGUAUAAAUUUGAGACUCCAAAUCUCCAAUGCAUAAAAGCUCGACAUGUGGCAUAAUAUGAGGUAUACAUGAGACAUAAUAUGGUGCAUUUGGGAUGUUUCUUCUCCUUUCUCCCUGCUCAGAUUGAGACCAUUUCCAAAAGCUCGCGCCUCGCGGGCUUGUUUGAUCGGAGGGGGGAAGAUUGGAUCAGCCAGAGACGACGGGACGAGAGCACCGGUUUGGGCAGCAAGGGCUCCGAAGGACGAGAAGAUCCCGGUGUGCCGCCGCUGAAUCUUGAAGCAGUUAUGGCGUUUUACCAGGACUACCUGAAAACAGUAGUUCCUUCUCAACUUCUCGCGGAGCGUGGCUCCAAUCUCUUAGUCAUUAAUCCAGGUUCUGCAAAUAUUCGAGUAGGACAGGCUCAACAGGAUAAUCCACUGAACAUCCCACAUUGCAUUGCUAGGCGAACCAGCCAAGUUCCUAAAAGACAUGUCCAAGAUCAAAUGCUCAAUUCUCAAGUGACAACUGCACAACACAUGGAGCGGGAAAAGGCUUAUGACAUUAUUGCAUCACUUUUAAAAAUUCCAUAUUUGGAUGAGGAGGCUGCUAAUAGCUCUUUUCACCGGAAGAUGGGUCGUGCUGAUGCACAUCACCCACAUCAUUACAAGGAGACACCAUUCACUUGGACUGAAGUGUUUGAGAACAUCCGUCCACCUCUUGCAGGAGGAAAUUGUGACACGACCAAUGAUGAAACUAGUGAGAUCCCCAUCACAAAUGGAAGCAACAGCACUGCAGAACUCAGUUCAGGGGGACGCAAGUAUAAAGAGUACAUAUGCGGUGAAGACGCUUUGAGAAUUUCUCCCAGUGAACCAUAUUGCUUGCGUCGCCCAAUUCGUCGUGGACACCUUAAUAUAUCUCAACAUUACUCUACGCAACAGGUUCUUGAGGAUCUCCAUACUUUAUGGGAUUGGAUCUUGAUUGAGAAGUUGAAUAUCCCUCACGAUCAAAGACACAUGUAUUCUGCUGUUCUUGUUGUUCCAGAAACAUUUGAUAAUCGAGAAAUAAAAGAAAUGAUAUCUAUUAUUUUGCGGGAUUUGCGGUUCAGUUCAGUGGUAGUUCAUCAGGAAGGUCUUGCUGCAGUAUUUGGCAAUGGUUUAUCAACAGCAUGCAUUGUAAAUAUUGGUGCUCAGGUGACAUCGGUAGUUUGUGUUGAGGAUGGAGUAGCUCUUCCUACGACACAAAUCAAUCUACGUUAUGGUGGAGAGGAUAUAUCAAGAUGCCUUCUGUGGACUCAGAGGCAUCACCAAACAUGGCCGCCGAUUAGAACUGAUGCUCUUGCAAAGCCUGUAGAUUUGCUAAUCCUGAACAAACUUAGAGAGUCCUAUUGUGUUAUCAGAGAGGGUGAAGUUGAAGCAGUUACCCAGGUUCAUUCAUAUGAAGAUGGGAUGGUACCUGGAUCUCACAAGACAAGGCUAACUGCUCUUAAUGUACCCCCAAUGGGUUUAUUCUAUCCAACACUUUUAGUUCCGGAUGUAUAUCCGCCCCCGCCUCGUUCUUGGUUUAAUGACUAUGAUGAUAUGCUUGAAGAUGCCUGUCAAAUUGAUCUUCCAGGGGCAUUUCCCAUGUGGGAGAGUUAUCCCGUUUUCCGAUCAAAACCAAAGAGGGAAGACAGUAUCGGUCUUGCAGAAGCUAUCACAAAAAGCAUUCUUUCAACAGGGCGAAUAGAACUUCAGAGAAAGCUGUUUUGUAGCAUGCAACUGAUUGGUGGAGUUGCAUUGAUUGAUGGCCUCAUUCCUGCAGUUGAGGAAAGAGUUUUACAUGCCAUUCCUUCCCAUGAAGCAAUUGACACAGUAGAGGUUACCUCAUUCUUAUACGUCUUUCCCACGUUCAUCCGCUUUUCAUUGUUUCAUCAUCACCAUCUUCAUCAUCAUCAGGUAUUGCAAUCAAGAACAAAUCCGGCUUUCGUACCAUGGAAAGGAGGAGCAAUUCUGGGGAUUCUGGAUUUCACACGAGACGGAUGGAUUCACAGGGAGGACUGGAUCCGGAACGGAAUCCACAUCGGGAGUGGGAGGAAAUACAAGGAUUCUUAUUAUAUUCAGGCACACUCUUUGGCUUUCAUCAACUCUUCAUAGCCUUUCCACUACCCCCAACCCAGUAAGAACAAGUUGUUCAUUUGUGUUGGUAACUAAUCUAUGCUUAUAACAUGAAAACACAAUUUGUACAUGUACAAGUUGUCCAUUUGUGUUAGUAACUAAUCUAUGCUUAUGACAUGAAAACACAAUUUGCAUAUGCACCACCUUAAAACCCAGUAGGUGUCUAAGG